AUGGAGGGAAAUGGCAAUGAAAGCCAUGGGGUUGAACUCGUUGUCACACAAAUAGGAGAUUCGACCCUUGUGCAGCCUUACACGGAAACAGAAAAGGGCUUCUAUUUUCUCUCGAAUCUUGAUCAGAAUAUUGCGGUUAUUGUGCGGACGAUUUACUGUUUUAAGUCUGAGGAGAAAGGGAAUGAGACGGCUGUUGAGGUGAUACGGGAUGCUUUGUCGAGAGUUCUUGUGUAUUAUUACCCGGCUGCUGGGAGGUUAGCGAUUAGUCCCGAAGGGAAGCUGAUUGUGGAUUGUAGCGGAGAGGGUGUGGUUUUUGUUGAGGCGGAAGCGAACUGUGCGAUCGAAGAUAUUGGUGAUAAUACGAAGCCUGAUCCAGUUACGCUUGGAAAGCUGGUUUAUGACACUCCAGGGGCUCAUAAUAUUCUCGAGAUUCCUCCUGUUGUUGUACAGGUUACAAAAUUCAAAUGUGGAGGGUUUGUAUUAGGGUUGGGUAUGAACCAUUGUCUCUUCGAUGGAAUCGCUGCCAUGGAAUUCGUUAAAUCUUGGAGUGAAAUCGCCAGAGGUUCGCCGCUGCAACUUCCGCCGUUCCUCGAUCGGACGAUUCUCACCGCCAGAAACCCUCCGAUCAUCGACUUCCCCCACUAUGAAUUCGCAGAAAUCGAAGACGUUUCAGACUCCGGCAACCUCUACAAAGAAGAAAUCGCUUACCGAUCAUUCUGUUUCUCGCCGGACGACCUCCACCACCUCAAAAUCGAAGCCACCGCCGCCGGCGAAAUCCCCACCUGCACCACCUUCGAAGCCCUCUCGGCGUUCGUCUGGCGAGCCAGAACGAAAGCUCUCAAAAUGAAACCAGAUCAGAAAACAAAACUCCUCUUCGCCGUCGACGGCAGGUCGAGAUUUGAACCGCCGUUGCCGGAAGGAUAUUCCGGCAACGGAAUCGUGCUAACGAAUUCCAUAUGUUUGGCCGGCGAUCAGGUGAGUAAUCCGUUAUCAUUCACCGUGAAAUUGGUUCACAAUGCGGUUAAGCUUGUUACCGACGGUUAUAUGAGAUCGGCGAUUGAUUAUUUCGAAGUGACUCGAGCUCGGCCGUCCCUGGCGGCGACGCUGUUGAUUACGACAUGGUCGAAGCUGCAAUUUCACGCCCAUGAUUUCGGGUGGGGCGAACCUGUUCUGUCGGGUCCGGUGGCCUUGCCGGAAAAAGAAGUAAUACUGUUCUUAUCUCAUGGGAAACAGAGGAAAAGUAUUAACGUUCUUCUGGGGUUGCCGGAAUCCGCCAUGAAAACCUUUGAAGAGCUCAUGAAUCAUAUCCAUUGAUGAAUUUGGUUUUCUAUUUGUUUA